ACGUAUUUGAUAUUUUAUAAACCAUGUCUUACCUUUGUCUAGGGCCGAUGAGUGCGGGGAAAACUCUUUUACUUACUUGCCUGCAGAAGCCGGAAUCAGUCAACUUCACAUCCCACUCGGUGCCGAGCGUUGGAACCAAUUUGUACACCAUCAAAAUACCACCCAUCGUGAUCGAUGAAAAGGACGUGAAUCAAAAGAUACCACCGCCAGGAAAACGUAAAGAACUGGUACAGGUCCGCGAAGUGGGAGGAUGUCUCGCGCCAAUCUGGCGGGACUAUCUGCUUAAUCCCGUCGACAAGCUGAUUUACGUUGUCGAUACUUCGAACCUUUGCCAGAUUUCUGCUGCCGGUGUUCUUCUCUACUCUAUGCUGGCCGAGCCGAGACUACAGAAAACGAAGUUUCUUCUGGUGCUAUCGAAAAUGGAUCUCGCAUACCGGCAAAUGCGUAACGAAGCGUUACUAAUGCUACAGAUGGAAAAGUUCCAAAAGCAGAUACCCCAAAACAUUACGAUUGUGCAAUUUAGCGCGCUUACUAAGGAAGGAAUUGAUGAGAUUUACGAUUGGUUGGCAAUGAAUUAA